CCCAAUAAGGGGCUGGCCCAGACAGAGUCCUGAAAGCAGGAAACAGAAGCUCAGGCCCAAGACAAAGACAAGCCCAGACAAGCUUGCCAGGAGCUGCAGCAGGACUUGAUACUGAUGGAGCGGUUAUUUCAAAACACAUUUUACUUUCACUUUCAAAACCUAACAUAUAUCUCCAACCAGAAAACCACCUUCCUGUGCUACCGAGUGGACAAAGUUGAGCGACACGGCACAGUGCUCCUGGACAAGGGGGUCUUCACACACCAGUUCCAUCCUUCCUGCCAUGCAGAAUUGCGCUUUCUCUCGUUCUGUGAUGACAACCUCUCCCCUGAUGAGGACUACCAGGUCACCUGGUACUUGUCCUGGAGCCCCUGCCCUGCGUGUGCGAAGCAGGUGGCCGACUUCCUGGCUGCGCACCGCAACGUGAGGCUGACCAUCGUCACCGCCCGACUCUACUACUUCUGGGACCCGGAAUUCAAGGAUGGGCUUCGCAGAAUGUAUGAGGAAGGGGCUGAGGUGGCGAUCAUAUCCCCCCAAGAUUUUGAAAACUGCUGGGAGGACUUCGUGUUCAACAAGGGAAGGGACUUUUGUCCUUGGGAGAACACGGUUGAAAACCAUCAGUCCCUGC